AAGGGUUCAUGUUAGCCAAUACCAGUCCCUUGCUGACAUUCAUUCAGAGUACUAACCCUUCAGCUCUCGCUGGACACAUUUUAACGGUUUACAAUGGAUCUGAGAGAGUACUUGAACAGGAUUGGGUUUACUGGCCAGUUCAGCAAACCUGACUUGGACAGUUUGUUCACCAUCCACAAGCUGCAUGUUAUGAGCGCCCCAUUUGAGAACUUCAGUGUUCACAAUGGGGAGAAGAACUCAAUGGACCUGCGUGUCAUCUAUGACAAAAUAGUCAAGAGCAAUCGAGGAGGCUGGUGUUGUGAAAACAACCUCUUGUUCUCAUGGGCCCUGAAGGAGAUGGGAUACAAAUCUACCAUAUUGGGUGGCAGGGUGUUCAACUCUCUGGAACAGGACUUUCUUCCUAGUGACUCUCAUCUUAUCAAUCUGGUGGAGAUCGAAGGAAAGCAGUACAUCGCUGACGUGAGUUUUGGUAUGUCAUAUCAGAUCUGGUAUCCCUUAGAGUUGAUCUCAGGUAAAGACCAGCCACAGCCUUCAGGAGUGUUUCGCCUCACAAACAACGGUGAAAAGUGGCUUCUGCAGAAGACCGGAAGGAAGCAAUUGAUCGUAGAUAACGGCUUUGUGGAUUCUAGCCUUGUUGACAAACGGCUCACCAAAACAUUAUACUCCCUCACAUUAACACCACGUGAUGCAGAUCAUUUCCUGGAGAUGUCGGUUAUGCUGCAGACUAACCCAGACUCUCUGUUCGUGCUCAAGACCAUUUGCUCCCUUCAGACGGCCACUGGCUACAGAGCUCUGCUCGGCUCGACAUACAGUGAAGUCACUUUCAAAGAGGACUCAGAUUCAGUGGAAAUGAAGAAAAUCCCAGAUGAUGAGAUUGAGGCUGUGCUGAAAGAAAAGUUUAACAUGGUGUUGGUUAAUAAGUUCACACCUAAAAACCAGAAAGCUGAUUACCGCAUGUAGUACUAUGCUACUCUGGACUCAUCUACUCAUAAUUUAGAAGGCUACCCUGUGUGUGUUUAAUUGUACCUGAAAGCUCUCUGUCAUUUAUGUUGUUUGAUCUUUGCUUCAUUAUAGGUGAGAGCUGCAUUAUUAUGACACAAUCAUUGCUCUUAAUAUUUUAACAUUGAUCACUAAUUAAUA